UCUAAUUGGUGAUUAGUUUUAUUAGAAAAAGGAAAGAGCAAAAAUCAACUUGAAGCGAGUCUACAAAAGCAAACCCUGCGCGGAGAGAGUGUGACUUGUUUCUUCUCCACAACGCAACAUAGAAAAACUUAUAGACUCAAAAACCUCUCUCGACUUAGGGUUUAGUUUCAUCAGAAUGGUGAAAAGCGGAAGAGGAGGCACUAAGAGAAAGAUCGAUAAGAUGGAAAAGAUCCAGAAGAGAGAGUAUCGCGCGACUACUUUCUCCAAACGUUGUUCCGGACUUUACAGCAAAGCCUCGCAGCUAUGCCUUCUCUCCGGCGCACAGGUAGCCAUCUUGGCGACUCCUCCUUCUUCGCAGUCCAACGUCUCUUUCUUCUCCUUCGGUCACUCUUCCGUGGAUGCCGUCGUGAAAGCUUAUCUCACGGGACGGCGUCUUCCUCCUGUUCGAGAAGAGCCGAUGGAGGAGGAUAUUGGUGUAUGCUUGGCUCGCAAGGAACUAGGGCUGGAGUUGUGGUGGGAGAAGGAGAGUCUUUCCAAGUCCAAGAAUCGUCAAGAGUUGAUGGAUGCGAUUAACUCCAUGGAGAGGAUGUUGAGUAAACUACGUUCUGGAGACUUAGUCAGUAAUUAUAAACAAAGAGAGGAAGACCUAAAGAACAACGAGGUGACGAAGACCGAUGUCGUUUUACACAAGGAAACUCAAGAACCGGAUAAAACCCUAGAUCUCCAAGCAGUUUGUUGCAUCCUUGAUGAUGAUUUAGCUGUUGGUUUUGACAAGGUCACUGAAGAGCAAGAUCAGAUCCUGGCUAUUUGUGAUAGUUUUUGUGCUGAAGAGAACAACAGCAACAUAAACGGUUCAAGUGUAAGUUUGGAUAGGUCUGAUCAAGCGAUGGAUCAUCUCAUGGAUAUUGAUGGACUGAUAGAUUUGGAGACGACUUAUGAAAGCUCAGCAUUCGAUUAUGGUGUUUUGGAUAGUACUCAAGAGCUUGCAGGAAUAAAUUCAACGAACUUUGAAGCUGCUGCUCAUGAUGUCUCUACGAAUCCAAAUCCUCCCAUCUAUAACUACUAUCAUGAAGGUGUUGAAGAAGCUUUGGUGUUUCAGAACAAAGCUGCUAAUGAUGUCUCCACGAUGAAUCCAGAUGAUCUUAUAUAUGAUUUUGAAGGUGUAGUUGAAGAGGAAGGCUUUGUGUUUCAGAACAGUGUUUUGGAUGAAGAUAAUCUCAAGUUCAGUGAUUAUUUCAACUAG